GUUAGACUCAGCAGCGCUGCUACCAUUGGCCGCGACCGUCUGUCAAUCAAGUGUGAUAUGACAGCUGGUCAUGCCCUCUAAUCUGUGGUGCCGGCGCUGAUUUGCUACUGUACCUGUCAGCAACCUCUGAUUGGUCGCUUAGUCCAGCUGCUAGUGGUUCAUUCACCAUUUUGUGACUGUAGUGGGAAAAGCAGAGCGGUAGUUUUUUACGUCCUUGUUUGAGUUUGUGCGGGGAAAGACAUGUUUUGCCGAGUAAAAGUGAAGAGUGAGGCCGCCUCGCUGAGCCGACAGAGCCGACAGUCAGAGGACGUGGUAGUAAGAACCGAGGGAGACUCCUCGUCAGCACAAUAAGACUAUAAAUCUGCCUCCGUCCGAGAGAACGGCUUCUGUUUUGAGACCCCCGCACAGAAGACAAGAGGAGGAGGAGGAGGAGGAGGAGAGAGGGAGUGCCUUAAAGGUGUGAAAGGAAUUCUACGUUAAAACUGCACAGAGAAGAGAUGAGGCCAAUGAAGAAGCACAGGGGGCGCUCUCCGACAUUAACAAGAGGCAGAGGGGCAAGAAGGAGAGGAGGCCCCCGGCCCCUCCAGGAGAAAGACCCUAAAAGAAUAAAGACUCUGGUGAAAACCUCGCAGCACAUUCCCUCCGCACACAAACCCAGCCCCCCCACAUCCACCCACUCCAACCAAGAACCACUCAAGAACAGCAAUAGUCUGGAGAAGGAGGAGCCCACGGAGCCCAGGAAACCUGGGGGGUCGGUGGAGAAGAGUGGAAAACAGGCAGUAGAACAGACAGAAAAAGAGGAGAUUGUUGGGAUAAUCACUGCAGUGUCCACUGGAGCCGUGGACGCUUCUCUGUCCACGGCCGUCCCUCUCACGUCCACCAAUCCCGGUCCUGGUCUGGGCUCGGUCUCUAGUAGGAAAACAGCUACGUUUAAGGCUCGGGUUCCUAAGAAGAAGUACACAUAUGAGCACUUUGCUAACGCUAACGUCCUAGCUACCUGUUCUACCUCUAAGCCUGCACUUACACACAACAGCCACUGCAACAUUAGCAGCAGGAUCUGUGAUAACGCAAAUACACCCAGUAAUAAUUUUAGGAAUAUUAACAAUAUUAUUAAUACCACUAGGAGUAGCAUCAGUGUUAGUGCUAACACAGACACUAGCAGUGACAGAAACAACACGAUCAAAUGUAGGAACAGUAGUGCAGGGAGCCAUAGUACAUCUGUUCACAACAGCUCUAAUGUCUCAGGUAAUCAGCCGUCAGUGCUAACUGUGGAAGUCAACGCUGCAGAACAAAGGACUGGUGUUUCCAUGGAAGACGGGGCCACGAGGACAGUGGACACCCAGGACAAAGAGGCCCAAGUUGGAGAAGGCGAGUCAGAAGCGGCCUCGUCCACUGAUACGGCCAGUGAGCACUCAGCCGACCUGGAUGGGGUGGAAGCCACAGGGUCCAGCCUUCUUCUUCAGACAGGACGCCACCCCCCCACCCCCCAACAUAUUUCAGCCCCAAAAGAGACUAGUUUCUCAGCGGGGCUAGCUGAAACUGUGGUAAAAACCUUGAAGAACCAAAGAGUCCUGGCUCGCCAGAGACCGGUGGAGAGCGAGCUUGGAGACACGUUCCACAGAGGGCUGAAGGACAGAGACUCAGGAAAGCUGUGGCCCUGGUUUAGACCCGGGGUGGUGCGUCAGGUCAGUGCUCACUCUGUGGACGUCCAGCUCCAGGAGGACAGAGCAGUUGUUAGAUACCCUUUCAGGGGUGGAUCCAAGAUGACAUCAUUGCCACAAGAUGAUGACAUCGUGGAGAUCAUUCUGGAUGCCCCCCCACCCGGCAUGGCACCUGUAGCAAAGGGGACUCCAGUGUGUGUGCCUUAUAGUCAAGAGGAGGGUAGUCCUGUGCUGUACAGGCAGGGGGUCAUCACCCAGGUGGACCCCCACCCCGGUGUUUCAUUUCCGUACGAGGUCCUUCUCACUGAGGACAAAAAGAUUGGCAACGAUCUGGGGGAGACAGACGGCGAAGGGGAAGGGAAACCUGUCUGGGUGUCUCGACAGAGCCUGAGACUCCUCACCCCUCCCUGGGAGGUCACAGACUUAAAGGGGAGUCAAGCAAAGGAGGAUGAGAUGGAGAGGGAAAGGGAGGAGAGGGAGAGGGAGAGGAGGGAGGAGAUGGAGGUUGAAAGGGAGGUUUGUCAGUUAAGUAUUGGAAUGGGGGUGCUGGGGGGGGGGGCCAGGUUAGGACACAGUUUUGUGCAGUCCUAUGGAAACACGCACCCCCCCCCCUACUCCUCCACACUGACUCCUAACGCAGUCACCAUCAGCGUUGAUGACUUCCUGGACAGACAGAGACAGAGACAGAGACAGAAACAGCCGUCCACUCCAGAGGACGACAUGGAGGUUUCUCGUUUCAACACAGCCAAUCCCAAGUCAAACACCCUUAGCUCCCAGCAGAGACACAUCGUCCCCAAGUCCACGGUUCACCCCCCCUCCACCCCAGGUCUCUCUGUGCUCCACGGUGUGGGACCACCGCACCUCUCUGCUUCAGCCGCCCCUCACCCACCUCCCUCCCCUGCAGCCCCAGGUCCUGAAAUGACCAGCACCCCCCCCAACCUACCUCCAUCCAAGACCACUCCCACCCAAAACCCAACUCCCACGUCUGGUGGGGGUUCUUCCUCUGCCUCCUCUCGCUCAAGGACUCCACUGUCAUUGGCUCAGCAGAAAUACAAGAAGGGCGACGUGGUGUGCACCCCCAACGGUAUACGUAAGAAGUUCAAUGGUAAACAGUGGAGGAGACUGUGUUCCAGGGAGGGCUGUAUGAAGGAGUCUCAGCGGAGAGGCUACUGCUCCAGACACUUAUCCAUGAGGACCAAAGAGAUGGAGGCAGCCGGGGGCGAGCGGGGGGGUGGGGGCAGCAGCUCAGGGAUAGUUACCCCGUCUGACCUGCGCGGGAGAGCGAGCAGUGAGUUUGAGUGGGACGAAACGUCGAGAGAGAGCAGCGAAACCAGCAGCAGAGGAGACUCCAGACCCCGUCUGGUCCUGCCCCACGACCUGUCUUCACGAUUCGACUUCGACGAGUGCGAGGCAGCCACCAUGCUGGUGUCGCUGGGGAGCUCCCGCUCCGGCACCCCCUCCUUCUCCCCCACCUCCAACCAGUCUCCCUUCUCUCCAGCCCCCUCUCCCUCACCUUCCCCACUGUUUGGCUUCAGGCCGGCCAACUUCUCCCCGGUUCUCCAGCACCGGAGGCACAGGCAGUCCAGUGGUACAGGGGGGGGGGGCGCUAAGGUCGGAGGAGCGGAGAAGGAGAAACACGCUUCGGGCAUCCAGCCCUCCUUCAGCAGCAACCUGACGUUUACAGUUCCCAUGAGCCCCAGCAAACGAAAGCCAGACGCUGCUCCACCCGUUUCCUCGCACCAUCACGAUUACUCACACGGAGUAAAGACGGAGCUGGAGCAGGGGGACCUGAACUCUUUCAGGGUGUUGUCCCCCCAGACGCCAGCCUCGCACCCUCACACGCACACGUCCACCUUCUCCCGACCAAGAGGGGUGACCACCCCGUCCUCCGCGGCCGUCUCCCCUCCACCUCUCCUGGUGUCUGCGACUCCCCCCUCUCCCCUCGGUUCUGAUGCAGGGCCUCGUCGCGUGGUCCCUGUUUCUCAGCAGACCUUACGUGACUCUCCUGUCAUCGUGAGGAACCCUGAAGUCCCACUGGCUAAAUUCACCGAAUGUCCCGUAGGGAGGGGGCGAGAAUGUCUCCUGGAGGGAGCUACAGAGAACACCACACCCAAAGACACGGCUCCAGCUCCCGUCACCCCGCAGCCCAUUCCUGGACUGCAGGUUCCCGUCCCCAUUAACGCCGCUGCAGCCACCGUACCCAAUGGCACCAUCUUUUUACGGAGCGCCGCCCAGACUCUGGUGCUCGUGUCCCCGUCAGCUACCUCCCUCCCGACCUCUGACCCCUCCGUCACACCCCUUCAGGCACUGUCAGUCGCCGUCAGCACAAUCUCUACGGCUGCUCCUCCGAGCAGCACCAACAUCUGCGCCGGUCGAGGGGACACCAGAGGGACAGCGUUCGGGGGUGAGGUCCAACAGCCGGUGCCCUGUCACCCGUCUCCAACUGCCCUGCUGCCCUUGAUUCUUCCAACAGAGAGUCUCCACCCAGUCCCACGAAAGGACAUCAUCAUGGGACGUCCAGGCACCGUGUGGACCAAUGUGGAGCCCCGCUCAGUCCCUGUCUUUCCCUGGCACUCAUUGGUCCCUUUUCUGGCCCCGACCCAACCAGAUUCCUCCUCUCAGCCUGGGGAGGGGCAGCACUCAGUCAACCACCCCCAGACGGCCAGUCUGAAGUCAGACUGUCAGGUGGUGGCAGCGCCACCACAGGAGCCGGCUGAGGCCCCUCCCACUGUCGAAAGAGGUCUUCCAUCCCGACCAGCCCCGUCCUCUGAGGAGCCUCCCCCAGAGAAGGAGAAAGGAGAUGCAGUGAGGGAACGACCAGACAGUGAGACGGAGAGCGACGUGGACGAUCCCUUCCUUCCAGGAGUGGUCCCGGAGCAGCCCCUCACCACAUCCCCGGUGAAGAGACGCACUCAGUCCCUCAGUGCUCUGCCCAAAGACGGAGAUAAGACUAGUCCUGGAAAGAGGGAGAAGGACCACAUCAGGAGACCCAUGAAUGCGUUCAUGAUUUUCAGUAAGCGUCACCGGGCGUUGGUGCACCAGAGGCACCCAAACCAGGACAACAGGACCGUGAGCAAGAUUCUGGGGGAGUGGUGGUACGCACUGGGGCCCAAGGAGAAACAGAAGUACCACGAUCUGGCCUUCCAGGUGAAAGAAGCUCACUUCAAGGCCCACCCAGACUGGAAGUGGUGCAACAAAGACCGGAAGAAGUCCAGCUCCGAGGGCAGGGGCAUCCCCGGGGGCAAAGACAUCAGAGAGAGGAGCAUGUCUGAAUCCACAGGUCUGUUUGACUGAUACUGAAACAGUACAAGUAUUUGAUCCAUGGGCGUCAGUUCAGUCCUGGUCCCUGAGAGGAGCGCAGGAGAAGGUCCUGGAGGUCAGCUGACCCGCCCUCGAGCCUUCUCUCAAAGUGCCAUGCACAACCUGGAGCGGGGAAACACACAGGCCCUGGCUGAGCUGGCCCAGAUGUGUGGGGAGGGUGGAGCCCAGUUUUCCGGUCUUCAUGUCCCGAUACUGUCCCGUUCCCAGCGGGGGGUCAGUGAGGACAUGACAAGUGAUGAAGAGCGCAUGGUCAUCUGUGAAGAAGAGGGAGAUGAUGAUGUCAUUGAGGACCCCCCCUACCCCAGCAACUCCAUCGACCUCAAGUGUAAGGAGCGGGUGACGGACAGCGACAGUGACAACGUCUCCGGAGAUGAAAGCGAUCGAAAGAGAGUUUUUGCCCCAGUGAUCUGCUCCACUGCAUCUUCAUCUUCAUCAUCCUCACAUCACACCCCCCACGGCAGGAGUGUCUCCCUCUCCUCUUACCCUUCCAGUAGACGUUAUGAUGAGGGCAGGUCUGGAGGCGGGGGCUUUUCAGAUCACAGGAGAAAGGAGAGAGGAGACGCAGAGAACAGGGACAUGUUUGGGGAGGAGGGAGGAGGGGGGAUACAAGCUGCUCCUCUCUCCUUCUCCUCUGGGCAGUCAGUCAUUGCCAACCCCCCAGCCUCCUCACAUGGUGGAAACUCAUCGUCCGGCGCGGUGAGGGUGGCGUCCACGGUGGUGACCAACGUCAUGCGUCCUGUUAUCAGCACGCCACUUCCCAUCACCAGCAAACCCAGAGAUGGAGGCACGUCGUCCAGCCCCCAUCCGACCGACAGGAAGUCGCACACACCCCAGCAACAGCCCCAACUGCUGAUCAGUUCAGGGGCAGGAGUGGCAGCUGCGCCCCCUGGGGGCGGGUGCUACUCCUCUUCCUCACCCAGUCCUCUCAGUGGGGGGUUAGGCCCAGGUGGAGUGCUGACUAAUUUAGUGUUAGGGGGCGCUCUCUCUGCACAUCCUGCAGUGCAGCUCAUCAACCCCUCCCCACAGCCGCAGCCCCCCCAUCAGCAGACCCUCUCCUCCGCCGCGGCCCCCGCCCCUCACAGCCAAACCAACGGGCCGCUGCCCCUCCCUCUGCUCCAGUCCCAGUUCCUUCCUGCCUCCUCGUUGGCAGCACCGGGGGGCAAGGCCAUCACCCAGGUCCAGUACAUCCUCCCCACUCUCUCUGCCAACUCCAACCCCAAGAGUCCACCCCAGCAGCUCAGCCAGCCAACCGGCAUCUUCAACCUGCCCACGGCUCCGCCCACUCACAUGUCCUUGGCGAAUGGAAAGCAGCAGGGUACGGGUUCACUGCCCGGAUAUACGUCCAGCCCGGCGGUGGGAGUGGUCAGCCCAGGGACCCGAGUGCAAACACAGUCUCCGGUGCUCCAGGGGAAAAUGCUCGUUCCCAUGGCAACAGUACGGACUGCACCAGCCCCUGCUCAGCAGUUCCCCAUCGUGGCCCCGCCCCUCCCCGUCCAGAACGGCGCUCAGGCUGGGAGCAAGAUUAUUCAGAUAGCGCCGAUGCCCGUGGUCCAGUCCCAGCUGCCCCAGGCCGGGGCGGUGCACCCCGCCAACCCCUUCCCCGUGUCCGUGGGCGCAGCUGCCGUGGUGGCCACGGGCUCCGCCCCCUCCCAGGCCGUACUGCUGCCUCCGGCCCCCACCAGGAUCACUUACGUCCAGUCAACACCAGGAGUCCCGUCCACUCUGCCUCUGGUCUCCUCAACAUCAGCCUCCUCUUCCUCCCAGCAGGCCUUACCUGUGCCGGGGUCUUACGUCCCCUCACCCAUCGCUACCCUGGGCUUCACAGCUAUUGCCCCACCGGGGCAGACCUUGGUUCAACCACUGAUCACAGGUCAGCCACCCCUCCUGGGCUCAGCUCCGUCUCCACAGCCCCCCACGUCAGCUCCUGCCUCGGGCUCCGGCGGACAGAUAGUCACCGCCAUCUACCCUCCUUCACCUAGUGUCACCAUGGCAACAGGGGCGGUCUCCAUGACAGCACUGCCCCCUAGUGUGGUCUAUUCUGUCUCCAGCCCUUCCAGCGCAUCCCCACACAUCCUGCCAAAGCACACGGCGUCGCCUGGCACGGUUCCACGCCCAUAUCCAGACCGACAGCACGACAGACAGCACGACAGACAGCACGACAGACAGGUGGAGCUGCUGACACACACAGACAGACAGCUAGAAAGGCAAAAACAGACCUCCACCAAUAGCAGCUCAGCGACCCCUCCUAGUGGCUCAGUGUUGUCCUUACGGCCCUGCAGUCCCUCAGUCCAGAUUCAGACACCUGGAAGUGCGACUGCUACACCAAAACUACCCCAUCUUCCAAUCAGAACACCCCAGAAAGUGAAGGCAACGGUGGCAAACAUCCCCGUGGGCAGCUACGAGGGGGGGGGCAGAGGAAAAGAGAGGGAGCGAGAGAAGGAGAGAGAGAGAGAACGGGAGAAGGACAGGGAGCAUGAAAGUGCCGUCAGCAGUCACUUCUCAUUUGACCCCGAGCCCGUGGGGCAGACGGCGUCUCCAGCCACACAGCUGACUGAGGAGCCCCCCCUGGAGGGGGCCGGUGCAGCGGACCUGACAGAACUAAGGACCAGAGAGAGCACAACAGCCAAAGAGACUGGGUGGAAGGAGUCCCUCCCCUCCUCGCCCCCCCCCCCUUCAUCUGCCACAGAGCCCGUGUUACCUCCACCACAGAGCGACAAAGAUGGACCUACACCCAAGAAGAUCAAAGCCCGCCCCCCACCUCUGAAGAAGACGUUUGACUCGGUGGACAAGUCCAACAGGGUGCUGUCAGAAGUAUAUUUUGAGGAGCGUUUUGCGGAGCUGCCAGAGUUUCGUCCCGAGGAGGUUCUGCCCUCCCCCACCCUGCAGAGCCUGGCCACUUCACCACGGGCCAUCCUGGGCAGCUACCGCCGCAAACGGAAGAACUCCACAGAUCUGGACUCGGCCACAGACGAUCAAGUUUCUCCAAAGAGAAAGAACCGACGACGCUCCAGCUGCAGUUCAGAACCAAACACGCCUAAAAGUGCAGCCAAGUGUGAGGGAGACAUCUUCACCUUCGACAGAGCAGGUGCUGAUGGAGAAGACAUCCUGGCAGAGCUGGAGUUUGAGAAGGUUCCGUACUCCUCCCUGAGACGAACCCUGGACCAGAGGAGAGCUCUGGUCAUGCAGCUGUUCCAGGAGCAGGGCUUCUUUCCAUCAGCUCAGGCCACCGCAGCCUUCCAGACCCGGUACUCGGACAUCUUUCCCACUAAGGUGUGUCUGCAGCUGAAGAUCAGGGAGGUUCGUCAGAAGAUCAUGCAGACGGCCAACCCUUCAGACGCCUGUGGCAUGGGCAACGCUGACUCGGCCUGCUCCAUCCCUGGACCUUCUGGUGCCCAGGCGGGGGAGGGGUCUGGGAGAGGAGGGGGGGACCUGCAGGAUGAGGAUGGAGAACCAGGAGCAGACGCCGGCUCCGAGGACCCCCGGGGGUCGCAGGACUCCUGUAGAUGAGGGACGUUGACAGUGUUGAACCGACCAAUCAUUGGCUGUCGCCGUCGCACAUUGUCACCCAUACAACCCCCCCCCCACCCCCGCCGUCCCCGUCGCUUAUUAUUUUUCUGUUGCAGCCAAACGUUGACAGACAUUUUCAUGAUGUCAGAACUUCUCACUUCUUCUCUGAUCCUUGAACCAAAAAAAAGAAAAGACGUGAAAAACCAGUGGCACAAAAAAAAAAAUCUAUGGCACAUGAACCCCCCCCCCCCCUAAAUC